CGCUACAUUUUCUCAGUGCAUGAAAUAUUUUAUUGUAUAUUUUAGACAUGUUUAUUACGGAGUAACGGGAUAUGGACGGAUAAGUGCAACGAGCAUAGCCUAACUGCUGUUUACUAUCUGCGCUCUAAUGAACGAGAUGCAGUCUGUGCCGCAGGGACUGUCAGUAGCCUGGGACACAGUGACAUCUUCUCUGGUCUCUCCUGUGCAACAGAAUGUGUCUACAGCUGAGGCUCUUUCUGAUGCCUUGUCCCUGCUGACCGAGCAUGGACUGGGUCAGUAUGUGGAGGGUUGGCUGUUGGAGACUUUGCAGGUUCGUUUGACUACAUCUGUUGCUCCAGAGUUCUGGACAGGACUCAAGCAGCCAGAGGGAGAUUCACAGGAGAGAGACAGGGCAAAAGCCUUACUGGACGCUUUCAGAAACCUUCUACAACAGCUGGAACCUUUCCUUGGUGGUCUUGAGAAACUGGGCUCAUGGCAGGAGGAGAGCUGUGGGGAUUUGUGUGGUCCAGGGCCCCAUGGUCUGAUUGAGAGAGCUUUUUCUGUCAUUCGUGCCAUUCUCCUGUUCUCGCCUCCACCUGUCCUGCAGGAACGCAUGUUGGAGUUUUAUAGCCGAACAUUCUCAGUGCACAUGAGUCAGGCAGGGGAAGCUGUGGAGGCUGAGGAGGGAGCCGUUGAUACUGAUGAAGGUGGUUUGUGCUCGGGCUGUGCCACCCUCCCUCACCUGUGCUGGUGUCAGGAAGCUCUACAGCAGCUUCAAGAGCUCAGCCACAUACUGUCCAGACUACAGCUGUUGGAACGCGUGAGCUCAGAGGCUGUGACCAGCAUCUUGCACCAGCUAAUAGAGCAGAGAAUGGAGCAGCGCUAUAGAGGAGAAUAUGAACGCUCUUUUCUUACUGACUUCAAUGAUUGGUUGGGACAGGUUUUGGGAUGGCUAAGCAGAGUGUUUUCCAGUAAGGCAGAUGAGGUGGGCAGCGAAAUCACACCCAUAGAUGGUAAGAUGGGUCAACCAGCUAAUGCACUCCUCCAGCGCUGGCACUGCCACAUGCAUCAGUUCUUCUGUCGCAUCUAUGUAAACAUGAGGAUUGAAGAGCUAUUCAGCAUCAUACGAGAUUUUCCAGAAUCUACUCCUGCCAUUGAGGAUCUUAAAUUCUGUCUGGAAAGGACCAAUCAGAGGCAGCAGCUUCUUGCCUCCCUCAAAUCAGCCUUUGAAACACGACUGCUGCACCCAGGAGUCCACACAUCUGACAUUAUUACUGUUUACAUCUCUGCCAUUAAAGCUUUAAGAGAGCUUGACCCCUCCAUGGUCAUCUUGCAAGUGGCCUGCCAACCCAUUCGUAAAUAUCUCAGAACCCGUGAGGACACUGUGCGCCAGAUAGUGGGCAGUCUGACCGGGGAUUCGGAGGGAUGCACUGAUCUGGCUAAUGAGCUUUCUCGAGCUGACCCUGUUGCCCUGGAGACACAGGACAGUGAAGAUGAGGGGAGUGAUCCAGAGGACUGGACUCCAGAUCCCACCGAUGCACUCACAGAUAAAACUGGGUCUAAGCGACGUUCUUCUGACAUCAUCAGUCUGCUGGUCAGCAUUUAUGGCAGUAAAGAGAUCUUCGUUAAUGAAUACAAGACUGUACUGGCUGACAGACUUCUGCAUCAGCUCAACUACAACACAGCCAGAGAGAUUCGCAAUGUUGAGCUGCUGAAACUGAGGUUUGGCGAAUCCCAUAUGCAUUAUUGUGAAGUGAUGCUGAAGGAUGUGGCAGACUCUAGGCGGAUCAACUCUAAUAUCCACGAGGAGGAACGUCGUCUUCCUGCAGAAGAGCAGCCUACAUUACCACUGUCUGCCAUGAUCAUUUCAUCUGAGUUCUGGCCCCAGCUGAAGGAGGAGAAGAUGGAACUCCCUGCAGUCGCCUCUAAAGCCAUGGAGGACUACACACACCGCUUUGAGAAACUCAAGGCCAUGAGAACUCUGAGGUGGAAACCUCAGCUGGGUUCUGUUACAUUAGAUCUAGAGCUGGAGGACAGAACUAUCACAGAUCUCACAGUGUCGCCCAUCCAUGCUGCAAUUAUUUUACACUUCCAGGACAAAGGCACUUGGACAUUGGAAGAGUUGAGUGGGGUCCUAGGAGUGCCCCAGGAGAUGGUGCGCAGGAAGCUGGCCCUGUGGCAGCAGCAGGGUGUGCUGCGGGAGGAAGCAGGUGGCCGAUAUACUGUGCAGGAAACCAGCACUUGCAAAGAGAGAUCUGAAAGAAGUGUCAUGCUUAUAGACAGUGAUGAGGAGGGAGAUUCCAACACAGCAACACAAUCUGAGCAGAGAGAAGAGAAGCUGCAGCUAUUCUGGGCCUACAUUCAGGCCAUGCUGACUAACCUGGAGAGCAUGACUUUAGAGAGGAUCCACUCCAUGCUGCGAAUGUUUGUGGCCGCCGGGCCUGGAGUCACUGAGAUGGACGUGAAUGAAUUGCAGGCUUUCCUGCAGAAGAAAGUCAGAGCCCACCAGCUUACUGUGUCCACUGGUGUCUACAGGCUACCAAAGAUCACUCAGUAGUCAACAGAAUAAGUCUCAAUAGGAACAAGUGAGAGAAUACAAAAAAAAUGAAGUUUAUCUUAUGUCAAAACAUUUUUGUUUAAUCUGAAAAUGAAUAAAAACAUAACAUGUUUGGA